UGCGUUAACCCUGAAUGAACUCUUAAUGAAGUAUUAGUCGGAAUUAGGACUCGGGAAUCUUCGGCUCGGGGCAAAAGGCUUCGUCUAUAAGCUCUAACCAAAGAGGUAACUUUACAUUAAAGGAUGUCUAUUCCAUUUUCAAAUACACAUUAUCGCAUUCCACGAGGAUUUGCAAAUCUUCUAGAAGGGCUGACCAGGGAAGUUUUAAGACAUCAGCCUAAAGAUAUUCCACUCUUUGGUGCCGAGUACUUUGCACAGCUAUUACAACAAAGACAAGAGACUGACUUUGACCCAUCACAGUGGGGAGCUGCUUUGGAGGAUAGAUUCUAUAACAACCAUGAUUUUCAGCAUGCAGAGUUUAAAAAAUACACUUCAGAACCAGGUGGACUAGAGAACAGUAAAAGAAAGAGCUUCUCAGUGGCUGAGAAUUCAACUGAUACCUACCCAUUGUCUCAGUCAACUAGUCUGGAACAAAAGGAGGUUCAGCCAAAUGAUGUGAUAGAGAUGCAAGCUGCCACCAAAAUUCAAGCUGCAUUCCGAGGGUAUAAUGUUAGACAUAAUGUAAAGAUGCACCAGGAAUCAUCCCCAGACAUCCAUCUGAAAUCUUCAUCUGAACAUGAAGAUACUGAUCAAGCUGUAGAGGCAAAAUCUGUUUUGAUGGAAAAUGAGGAUUGUGGAUUUAACAGCAAAGCAGAUGAGAAUGAGAUACAUGAGGAACAGGUGGAGAUACCAGACUCUAUAACAGCAGAUGAGUUGGUGAAAAGAGAAGAAUUACAAGAAGAAAUCACAGAAAGGGGUGAGGAAAUACAGGAUGAAGAAAUAAAAUUAGGUGACAGAGAAGAGAUAGAAAGGGAGUUUAAUAACCUUAGACUGAAAGACUCAGUAGAGCAAGAAGUUGAACAAGAACAACUAACUGACAAAGUUUCAGAAUCAGAGAUCAAAGAACCUGAAGACAUUAUGCAAGAUGACAAUAUUGAAGAGGUUGUUUCUGAGGACAGAGAAGAUAGAAUAAAAGAUGAAGAGGAGCACGUGAUAACCACUGAAGAGAGGGAAAAAACUACACAAGGUGAUAAUUCAUCAUAUCUAAUGGAUCAGUCCUCUACCAGUGAAAUACAAAAUAUUGAAUUGAAUGCUACAGCUGAUUGCCCAGGUGACAGUAUUCAACAUGAUUUUUUAUAUUCCCAAACCAAUGAAUUGGAAAGCCCAAAUAACCAGCUUGCUCCUGACUAUUUAUCUAGCAGUAUUCCAGAUAUUAUCAGUAAAGAGUCUGAUUCAUUAACUGACAGUAACAUGGACAUUGUAAAUGAACAGGUCUAUUCAGUACAUUUGCAUACCUCUGACAUAGAUGCUCCUAGUGACCAGCCUGAUCCUGAACCUUUACAUAACAUUAUUGAGAGUAACCAGCCUGAUCCUGAACAUGCAGAUAGACGUAACAUAGAAUCUCCUAAAGAGAAUGAAUCCUUCAGAAAACCAGAAGAGGAAGUCAUUGACAUCCCUCUUGAUGAUCCUGAUGCUAAUGCUGCAGCUGCUAAAAUUCAGGCGGGUUUCCGUGGGCACAUGACAAGGAAGAAGAUGAAGGGUGGGGAAAAAGACCUGAAAAGCAAGGAUAGUAAAGAUGGCAGCAGCACAGGAGGAGAAAAUGAAGGUGAUUAAAGAAAACUGCAGUAAGGAAACAAAACAGUGAAGUAGCGUGCCCCCCUAGGCAAGAGUUAUCUUGUCCGUAAGAUGAACAUUGCACCAACUAUAACUUGGGCUCUUCUUUACUUCUUUGAAAAGCAAAUGCCCUCUGUUGGCCACUGGAAGAUCGUGUGUGAAAUGCAUCAUUAAAUGUGAAGAUUUUUUUUAAUUUAUCAAAUAAUUUAAUUGGCAAAAAUCAAAUGUAGGGGGGGGUAAACUAUUUGUGUACAUUCUCCUUAUGCUUUGUGUUUUCCAUGUUCUUUUACUUUGUGUUGCUUUGAUAAUUAAGUGAUGGCUGCAUGCUCAAUCUGUUUUGGUAUAUUCAUUUUAAGAUUGCUUUAAUAUACAUGUCACCAUUCUGCAAUAAAUAAACUAGAAUCUUGUAGAACUGAUUUCUGGAGCGUCUCUACAAUACGUUCUUAACUUUUUCACUGCAAAAUGCAAAUAAGGCCAGAUGUACUAUCGUGUGUUUUGUUAAAUGCAAAAUAAAUUGAUUUGCAACUAAA